CCCGCUCCCCGCGGGGCUCCGCCGGGGCCUGGCUGCGGCCGGAGCAGGCCUUGCCCUCAACAAAGAUGGCGCCCGCGGGACCCAGCCCUGGCCUCGCCCCGCCCCUUCCGGUGCGGCCGCGGCGCGCAGCGGUGACGCACUCAGGGCGCGACGGGCGGGGCGGCCGCCGCCGAGCACCGUGAGUGAUGCCCAAGAAGUUCCAGGGGGAGAACACCAAGUCGGCUGCUGCCCGUGCCAGGAGAGCUGAGGCCAAGGCAGCAGCCGAUGCCCGGCGGCAGCAGGAGCUGGAGGAUGCCUACUGGAAGGAUGAGGACAAGCACGUGAUGAGGAAGGAGCAGAGGAAGGAGGAGCGGGAGAAGCGCAGGCUGGAGCAGCUGGAGCGCAAGAAGGAGCUGCAGCGCCUGCUGGAGGAGGAGGACUCCAAGCUGAAGGGGAAGUCGCCCAAGCAGGUCCCCGCAGGCAAAGUCACCAGGGCCCAGAUCGAGGAGACCAUCAGGAAAGACCAGCAGCAGAAGGAGAGCUCGGACACAGUGGAGAAGGAGAAGACUCACUUGGAGGUCCCCUUGGAAGAGAACAUCAACAGGAGGGUCCUGGAGGAGGGCUCAGUGGAGGCCAGGACAAUCGAGGAUGCCAUUGCUGUGCUCAGCGUGGGCGGCGGCGAGCGGCACCCGGAGCGCAGGAUGAAGGCAGCGUUCACAGCCUUCGAGGAGCUGCACCUGCCCCGCCUCAGGCAGGAGCACCCCAACAUGCGUCUGUCCCAGCUCCGGCAGCUGCUCAAGAAGGAGUGGAUGAAGGCCCCAGAGAACCCCAUGAACCAGAGGCACAAAGCCUACAACAGCCACAAGUAGGACUGGAGCUGCUCGGCCGCCCCCACCCCCACGGACAGGGCCCCGCUGGGCGCCAGCAGCAGACACCAACAGCCUCUUCUGGUUGCCUUCCCCCCCCCGCCCUCCCCCACCUACCCCUGGGCUUUGGGGGUGUUUCUUUUGGUCGUUCUCUUCUUGGUGUGAAGAUGAGGAGGAGGCCAAAGCUUGCCCUGGGGCUGCCCUGCGGGCCCGGCUGGCUCUGCCUGUCCUCCCCCUGCCGCUGGCAGCUGGUGCAGAGCAGCCUGGGCAGACUAACACCACCUUGGUACCUCCAGAGGCCUUUGCUGUCCUCCAGAGCCAGCUCCUAACUCACUUCCAGACCUCUGGCGUGGGCAGCACUCCCGAGGUGCAGCUUGUGGGGACCUCCACCUUGGCCAGCAGCCUCCAAUAGACCUCUGCGCAGCCUGGACCUGAGCCCAGCCCUGUCUCUGCUGGGCUUGCCCCACGCCCUCGGUGCCCUGCAGGGGCCACUUGAGCUGCUGCCAGCCUCGGAAUGUUCCCAGCAUGAUCCCAGGCUGGGAUUGGUGUUGGUCACCUCCAGCUGAACCAGGGAGGAGGCACCAGAGAGGGGGCAGAGGCUGGUCCAGCUGGGAGGUGUGGAGAGGAGAGAACCUCCCAGGGGGGAAGAGGAGGAACAGGGCAGCACAGCUUGGGUCUGCCCAGCCCACGCAGGGCACUGGUACCAGGCUUCUCUGUGUGACCUUCCUGGUGGCCGUGCCCACAGCUGGUAGGGCAGGAGGGCUCCUGGAGGAGGUUACAGCCCCACACUACCCAACAGCUCCCCAGGAAGGGAGGCUGCAGCCUCUCCCAUCCCACUGCCUGCUCUCAGGAUCAGGCCAGAGGCUUCCUGCUGGGCCUGAGGAAUGAGCCUGGCAGGCUGCUGGCUGCACUUGAGGCCACCAGCUGGGGUGUGCCAACCACCUCUGGUGCCCUCCACCCCAUGGCCCUGGCACUGAGGUCCCUUGGGAGGGCCAAGCUGGGUUAGCCCUGGCAGAGUCCUGCCCCUCACCUUGAGCAGCCUCCAGGUUUGCUUCUCCUCCCUCUCUCCUUCCACACAUCUGCUCUGCUGCUGCAGCUCUCUUGGUCUCCUGCUGGAGCUCUGCCCUCUGGAGCUCUCCCCACUGGAGUUCUCCUCCCUGGAGCUCUCCUGCUCUCCUCCCUGAGCUGUCUGCUCCUCUCCUGCUCUCCUCCUCUCCUGCUCUCCUCCUCUCCUGCUCUCCUCCUCUCCUGCUCUCCUCCUCUCCUGCUCUCCUCCUCUCCUCCUCUCCUGCUCCCCUCCUCCUGCUCCCCUCCCUGGGCUCUGCUCUCCAGCUCCAGAGGCAGUGGAAUCCCUUCCCGAGGUCCAGGCCCUGGGGCAGGCAGCUCCAGAGCCAUCAGCACUUACUGGUGUGGAGAGGAUGGAGGCUGCCAGCCCAAGAGGCUGGUGCCCAGCUUGGCAUCUCCCUGGGCUUUCCUCCUGGUGAUCCUCAACCAGAAAGGUCCAUCCUGAGGCAGGCUGCGGGGGCACCACCUGGCCUCUGCCCCUGGGCGGGGGGGGCAGGAGUGGCACAGGAGCCUGGGGGCUGCUGAGAGGUUUGCACUUCGGUGGUGAAGAGCUUCGAGAAAACCCUUGGGGGGCUUCUCACCUCCCCCCCCCCCCCCAGUGCCCGAGGCAGGUCGAAGGAGCUGGGCCCGUGUGUGUGCCCCCCCCCAGGCCCCCAGCACAGGAGCAGUGCCCAGGGUGCCCCUUCCUGUGCCAGGGUUUGUUGUGUUUGACCCCAAUUAAACCAGAAAUGAAGUGAACCAAA